AUGUUCAAACGUUCUUUUACCACAAGGGAUCGGGUGGGCAAGGCCGUCAAGCCGACCAAGAAGAUCUAUCGCGAGCGCACGAAGGUCAAGAUGCAGGAGAAACUGGACAGUCCACCGGUUGGAAGCAAAAUCACUAGCCCCAUAAUCACCAUGAUUGUGGGUCAUGAACAGCGUCUUUUCGCUGCUCAUGAGGAUGUCCUGUCCGUUUCACCCUACUUUGUUACUGCCCUAAAAGGCCAAAUUCUCGAUGGUAGCCCCAAGCAAGUGGGCCUGCCUGACGAAGAACCGGAGAUACUGUCCUGUAUUCUCGAGUACCUCUACAAGGGUGACUAUUAUCCUCGUCUGCUGCACAACAGACGUCGCAACUCUUGGGCACUCGAGGAUGCCCAGGACCCCCAAAAUAAAGGAGGCCGCGGAUCAUGCGAAUCCACAAUUUUCCACACUGGUGUCGGCGACUAUAUCCUCCGAGAUACCGCCGUGUACUGCGCUGCUGAGAAGUACGGCUUGGAGGAGCUAAAGCGCCUUGCUCUUCGGAAACAAGGCCUUCAGACAGGAAUCCCUGUCGACGUGAUCCUUCGAUCGGCUCGGUAUGCGUAUGACCAUACACCAGACAACGAGUCGCGGCUCCGCGCUCAUUUUCUUGCCCUGAUCAUCAGAAGUCGUAAGACUUUUAAGAGGAGUGGAACCAUGCAGAUGGAGAUGGAGAGUGGCGGCAAAUUGUUUUUCGAUCUUUUCGUGGCAAUGUGCAACCACAUCGAUGACAUUGUCGAGAUCAGUAACAACCGAUCUCCCAAGGUCAUCUAA